AUGUCGAAAAAAUUACAGAAAACACCAUAUAUAUCUUCAUUUCUGAAUUAUUACUGUGUUUCUCUCCAGGACUGUCCCCAGUUUAAAGCCAACCAUGCUGAGCUGGUGCUGGCCAACCCAAGCCCGGUGCUCAUCUACCAGAUCUCCUCCUCACACACUAGAGUACUCGUGGACAUCAGGGGCGAGAUGCCUCGCAACCUCUCUGAAUACAUGACUGAGAAGAUAUACCCUCAGCUGCCAGAGCAUUUAAAGGAGCCUUUCAUGGUGGCACUACAGAACGAUCGACUGAGAUCCAUGCCUGCCAGCUUCCUCCCUCCCUCCCCUGUCAACAAGCCAGGCGUACUUCUCCUGGGCGAUGCUUACAACAUGAGGCAUCCUCUGACGGGAGGUGGGAUGAGUGUUGCUCUCAACGAUGUUCGCAUCUGGAGGAGUUUGCUCAAAAACAUUCAAGAUCUAUAUGAUGACGGGGCCAUGCUGCAGGCAAAGAAAAAAUUCCACUGGGAACGCAAGUCAUCACAUUCUUUCGUGGUGAAUGUGUUGGCCCAGGCCCUGUACGAGCUGUUUGCAGCCACAGAUGAUUCUCUUCAUGAGCUGAGAAAAGCCUGUUUCCAGUACUUCAAGCUUGGUGGGGAGUGCAUUGCUGGUCCUAUUGGACUUCUCUCAGUGUUGACACCCAAACCCAUGACCCUUAUUGGACACUUCUUUGCUGUGGCACUAUACGCAAUCUAUUUCAAUUUCAAGUCCGAGUCAUGGAGCACCAAACCUCGAGCUCUAUUCAAGAGUGGAGCCAUCUUGUACCGAGCCUGCACAGUCAUGUUUCCACUUAUCUACUCUGAACUCAAGUACCUGGUGUACUGAGCAACUCAACAUGUGGACACGGAAAGACCAAACUCAGCUAAAGUCUUCACUAAACAACGGCUUUAUUAGAAGCAAAACAAGUAGUAAGAAGUUGGUAGUUUCCAUGUUACUUCCUGCUAAAAACGCUGAAUUACACCAUAACUCUGCUUUUUACUGUAUGUCCCUGCCUUACUUAGGAUUUGAUUUCAAUGUCUUAAUGUCCUACUUAUUGUCUUGUUUCAGUUUUGGACAUAUUAUCCAACAAUGCCUUGGUAAAGCUCUGUUUGUGCUCACCUAAAGUCUGCCCUAUAUGUAUCUCAUACAGCAAAUUUAUUCACACCCUGGAUUACACUGAAUAUUUAAUACUGCAAAAUUAUUCGUACCCAACAGUUCUGCUAUGUGAAACAUGGCAUCUGAAUUUUAUGAUGUUCAUUUUGCAAUACAGCCCCCUUUCUGCUGUACAUUUUCCACUUAAAAUAAGUUGAGUUGUAUUUAAUAUGGGGUUUCUCAAGUAACAAUAUAUUUUACCAUAGGAAUACCUCAUUUUAAAUCUGAAGCACUGAUGAUGUGAUUUCAAUGAACAGCAUGCUGUCUAAAUUAUUUUAUGUUGUAUUUAACACAAAAAUCAUAUUGUCUGCUUUGUUUCAUAGAGAAAAAUAUUUGCAGUAUUCCAUUUGUUCAAAUCACAGACCUUCUUACUGUAAUGAUCAUUUCUUGCCUUCCUGAUACUGUUGUUCUUAAUGUCAUGAGGGACUUCUUGUAACACAUUCUAGUUUCUACACUCAGUCUGAAACAUGCUGACAGUGCACUUGACAAAACUAUAAUCCCAGAACCCAAGAAUGAUCCCAGCACUAUUUCAGUCCUGCUGGAUGUCCUGACACAGCAUGUUGCCUGGGGGAAGUUUGGGUUUGACAGUCCUGAGAUGGAAGAAGUGAUGCUUAUAGCAGGACCAAGUCAGCGGAUGAUGCUCAGGUGUUGUUUGUGCUGAGUUGAAACUGACAUGAACUGUUGUGUUUACUUGUACCUGUGUUGAGCGUGAUGGGACGUUAAAUAAAUCAUACAUUUGAGACAGAA